AUGGAUCAUCGGGCCUUCACCAGGAGAUCGACCUCCCUCCAGGAACAUUUCUUCUCAUCCAGGGUCGGUCGAUUCCGGAUAUCUUCUGCUGCUGUCAAUGUGGUGUCUAACUGUCAUGCAGGUGGAGAGGCAGAGAGCAAUGGCCCUCGUACAGUCAUCCUCAGUCCGGUGCCAUCAAGCGAUCCCAACGAGCCGUUGAAUUGGAGCACACUGCGCAAGACAUGCAACUUUGGAUUGGUAUUGGCGGUGACCUGUCUGAUCUUCACCUCGCUCAUGAUCCAAACAAUCUUCUGGCAGCUGAUGGUGGAAGAUCUGGGCGUCACAUACGUCGAACUCAACCAGGCCAUGUCCGUCAACUAUGUCGGUCUUGCGACGGGUUGCGUGUUCUUCAUCCCUAUUGCGAAGAAGUUUGGGCGACGACCAGUGUAUCUGAUAUCUACCGCUCUGAUGAUGGUAACGUCGUUUUGGACGGCGAAUCUCAGGAGUCUCACCGAGCUGUACAUAUGCAACCUCCUCUCGGGUCUGGCAGGUGCGACAAAUGAGUCGAUUGCACAAAUCACGAUUGUCGAUCUCUUCUUUGUGCAUCACCGCGGAGGCAUAAAUGCCCUGUAUAUGACUAUGGUGAUGUUUGGGAGCUUCCUCACUCCCAUGGCGGCUGGAGCCCAAGCAACACGGCAAGGAUGGCAGGCCUCCUAUCAAGCUGUGGGCAUCUGCAAUGCCAUUUUGCUCGCUCUUUUUGUAUUCUUCUACGAGGAGACCAAAUAUUCCAAGGUUAUCGAAGGUGUGAGUACCACCAGCGACGAUCCCGAGCAGAUCUCUAUCAAGGAUAUCAAAGCCGAUCGGAAGGUUGAUAUCGAAAGCCCGGCGAACGAGCCAGAAAAUGGUGCAGCCGAUCACCAUGAACUGGACCACACCAUUCCCAUGAAGACAUGGAGACAAAGGCUAGCGCUGUGGACGUACACUCCGGAGCCGAUUUGGCCCUACUUCUAUCGCCCCUUUAUCGUGCUGGUGUCCUUCCCAGCCGUGCUGUUCUGCGGACUACAGUAUGCCUGCGGCAUCGUGUGGCUGACCGUCUUGACGAGCGUAAUUGCUCUGGCGUUCCCCGCGCCACUAUACCUCUUCACUCCGGAACAGAUUGGCUAUAUGAGUCUUGGCCCGUUUAUAGGCAAUAUUAUCGGUGCGUUCUACGGAGGGUUCAUUGGGGAUUGGUCAAUUUUGUUCUUCGCUCGGCGCAACAAGGGCUACUAUGAGCCGGAGAUGCGACUGUAUAUUCUUCAUCUCCCUGCAUUGAGUCUGUGUGGCGGUCUGAUCAUGUUCGGGGUCACGUUGUCCAAGGGCAUGCAUUGGAUCUGGCCGAGCAUCGGGGGAGCCUUGUUUGGCUUCGGAGUGGGUGGCAUUGGAGACGCAGCGCUGACGCUGGUGAUUGACAGCUAUAUGGAUGUGACCGGAGACGCCUUCACGGGCAUCGCAUUCUUGCGCAACGCAUUCAGCAUCGGCAUUCCCUUUGCCGUCAUGCCGUGGCUGGAGCGAGAUGGCAUGUCCAACAUGUUCAUUGCCUGCGGAUUCAUCAGUUUGGGUAUUACUUUAUUGACUAUCCCGAUGAUCAUGUACGGCAAGCAGUUCCGCCGGAUGACGGAAGCUCGCUACCGCCUGAUGGCAGCGAAGCAGGGAUUACGGCAUGAUUGA